AUGACUACUACACAAUUAGAGAAUACAGUGGAGAACAAACCAUUGAUUGAAACAACCGAACAACUACAAAGACUCAUAGAUGAUUUGAUUAAUGUUGGAGCGGGUAUUCAUGAUUAUGUAGGUACCCAACAAGCAUAUCAGGCAUUGAUCCACAGGUUCAAUAACAUAAUAUUGGAGUUAUCUACAUUGUCAUCUAAUAACUUACCUUACCCUAUUCCUAUAGAUGUGAUCAAUUAUAUCGAAGACGGUAGAAAUCCAGAUAUUUAUACCAGAGAAUUUAUAGAAGUAAAUGCCAAAUCCAAUGCCAGAUUGAAAGGUAGAAUGCAAAACUUUGGUAAGCUUAGAGAUAUCUUAGGGGAUAAAUUAGUAAGUGAAUUCCCAGAUUUAAAGGAAACCAUUGAAGGCAUUAAAACAAGAACUAGUAAUUAA